AUGGCAGAUAACAUGAUAAACACUUGUUUGUGGUGGAUUACCCAAAAAGAGGAGCAAAUAUGGCUAGAGAGGGAAAAUAACGAAGCCAUAGAAAUAAAAACAAUAGAGCCUGCAAACGCUAGAACUGCCGUUAAGGCAACAGAUGUAAACAACACGACGAUAUACCUGUUACUAAAGUCGUUCACACCAAAUUCUGAAGACAGUCAAAUUAUAUUUGACGGCUUGACUGUCCGGGAAAGAACCUCCAGAUCAGCACUUUGUACUGCGAUAGAGGAACAUUGCCAGUUAAAGACACCCGAUGACAAAGCCCCCUCAUCGGAGAAAGAGAACCCGUCUGACUUCUAUUGUGGAAUUUUCAAAGUUGAUGUGCGUAAAUUGACUGCCCCUUCUUGGGAAAGAUCCGUGCGCCCUCCCGAUCCAAACCAUGUCCAGAGUCUCAAAGAAACAUUCCUCAAAAACCCCAGUGGAUAUUUUCACCUUAUACUGGUCAAUGUGCCAAAUGUCAAACAAUUUACGAAAGAAGUGAUUUCAAGGGAAAGAACAAUAUUAGAAGUAAUAGGGGGAAACCAUAGUAGAGAAGCGUUCCUUUCUAUUCUAAACGAUGACACUAUUUCGGAACAUGUAAAAAACAUGUUUCGAUUUAGAGAUGCAAUCGUGUAUUGUGGAUUGCCAAACCAUCUUGCGAGGCACCUCGCAAAUCUCCACAAUAUUGUGCGGAAAAGUGGCAAAGAGGAAUCCUACAUGGAAAAUAUAUGCGAAAUGAGAGCAGCUCUAUAUCAACUCUCGGGCAAGUCAGAAAUAGAGACCACAACAGUUGACCCACCUAAUGAUAGAAAACUUGUCGAAGCAUGGAAGGCGACGUGCCAACAAGUGCGGGGUAUCCAAAAGAGACGUGAUUUCAAUAAUUCAUACGGAGUGGCAAUACGUAUUGCACAAUGGCCGACAGAAUCAUUUCAAGAGUUGAAACACUUUGACAUCAAGUGGAGGAAGGGUGAGAUUACGAAGCAACCUAAACAACCAAAAGGAAAAACGGUGUUGAAAAAACACCACAUAGCUUGCCUCUUGACCCCACCACUGGAGGAUGCCACUCACAUUAUCAGGCAGUGCAUAGAUGGACAGAUAGAUUACAAUCAAUUGCGAUUGAAAUGCACAAAUACAUCGACAGAAGAGACUCCAAGAGCCGAACAUGUGGAUGAUAUAAUAGAAGAAAUUGUAAACCAGGACGAACAUGAAAAUGUAUCUGGACCUAAAGACGACACUGUGGUGGAUAAAUUAAAAGUCGACUUGGAAGUUAUGACAACUAAGUAUUUACAGUGUAAGCAGGAACUGACCAAUGCAGAACAGAAUGCAAUGAGAUAUAAGGAUGACCUGGCGAGAGUGUCAGAUAACUACUCAAAGAUUGAGAAAAGUUACUUGGAUAUGAAAAGCAGCCUUCGGAAAUCUAAUAAAGAUCUUACUGCUAUGACGGCAAUGUAUACCAAGGCAAAGACUGAUUUGACUGGUGUUGAAAACAAGUUGAAAGAGGCAGAGUUCGAUCAGAAACAGCACGAACAUUUCAAAGAAACUAUUCGACAGCUGAAAAACGAAAAGUUAUAUUUUGAAAAGCAAUUUAAAAGGUUGUCAGAAGGCUAUGAAAAACAAAGCAAUGUAAGCGAUAUCAGCGAGAUUAUUCCUGCAACCGACUCCUCACUUGCUAUCACUGAUCAAAGCGGAACGUCUGGUGUGAAGCGAAGUAGAGAUGUUGCUCGAACGGAAACGGAUGAACAUGCUCUAGAUAUUGAUAUCGCAUUUAAGUCAAAAAGACGACGGGAAGCUAAGUACGGCCAACAGAUUGAUCCGCAGGCAACAACUCAAGAUUGCAGAACAGGGGAUACAGAUAAUUUGAUAGACAAUGUGAAUACAAAUGAGCUCUGUGAUGCAAUAAGUGCACAGCACACUGCCCUGAGUCAGCAGAAAAAGUCUGGGAAGACAUCAUCUCGAGAGAUCGUUUGUGCUAGGUGGGAAGACUACGUGUUUUUAGGGGUGAAGGAGGACGACUUAAUAUAUUACUGUCAACGGCAGCUAUCAAAGAUAGACGAGUUUAAUAAGUUACUCCGAAUUAGCAAAAAUAUGUGUCUUAUUAAUAAGAAGGACCAGGCAAAAGUGGGAGUCAAUAUUGCCAUUGAAAAUUUCUUUGUAGUCCAGAGUGGGUUUCUUAAUAUAUCAAAAAAUAGCCUUAUAAUUACUUUGAUGCAAGACCAAGCAAAGGUUAUAUCAUGCCUGUCAUCAAUUGUAUCCAAAUUGUAAGUUAAAGAGCAUUUUGAAUGUUCAGACAUUGUUUUGUAUGUCCAGACAUAUAAAUAAACAAAUAGUUUACAUACAACUCAUAUUCAGACCAUACCAUCUUGAUUAAUUUGGUAUUUGUUUUAUGUAUCAUAUACGUGUUCAUACACCUCCAGCUCACUCAUUUGUCUUAACAUUGCCAUUGCACAUGUACGAGUACAAUGAGAAGUCUAAAACUUAACCACAGGAUACCUUAUUAAAAUACUGAUUUUUUGUCAUAUUAGCUUGUUUAAAUAUAAUAAUCACUUCCUGUAUUUUUGCCGCACGAUCAUAGACAUUUAAAGUAAUUUAUUUCAUUACAUGUAAUAUGUAAUUAUUUGACUUACUGGUUCCAUAUAGAUAAAUGUUCAUAUAUGUAAUCUGUCUAUUUUAAGAAAGAAAAUUGUAUACAUUUAUAUUAUUUUGUCCCAUAAUGUAUAUUGUAAAUAAUUAAACCUAAGAUAGCAAUUCAACUUAAGUGAAUGUUUGCUAGCUUGUUUGAUUAUGUUGAAGUUUGAAGUCUAGUAAGAUCUGUAGCAAGCGUAUAUGGACUAGACGUCUAAACUGUUUAACCUUUUCAAACGUUGGUGUUACACUUGUUUACCAGAAUCAAGAAUGUUCUUCGUUAGUUAUGGUCACACUGUGAUUGAUCAUCAAUAUGUCAAUAUGUCUGUAUUGUCUACAAAUGAUGAAACAGAUCAAUUUUUAUCUGAAGAGACGAAACGCUUUGUAUAUAAAUGACUAAUAUGGUAAUAAAUACGCAUCAGUAUAAAUGGUAAGAUCUGAUGUUUGAUUCUGUAAGUGUCCAUAGACACCUCUCAUCUGCAUACAGACCUUAUUGUUUCAUGUGUUCGUUAUCGCAGUGUCUAUAGACGCCGUCUUGUAUUAUAUGCUGUGUUCGAGGGUGUCUAUAGACACUCUUUAUUUAAUUGUUUGGGAAUUAUGUAGGUAUACGUUGGAGGUUCUAUCAUAUGAGUGUCCAUAGACUCCUCACUAUCACAAUACUGGAGACGUUAUGUUUUCCUAAUGAAUUUGUGGCUUUCAAAUACUGAUUGCUUUUCUUGGUGUCCAUAGACACCUUUGCCAAAAGAAUUAUAUUAUGUUGGUGUCCAUGGACACUAUUUUAUUUUCAAUGAUUCCAGUCACUGAGUGUUUAUAUCUCAGUAUCGGAAGAGUGUCCAUAGACACCCUAUGCCUCAUCAACAUAUGAUAAGGUUUGCCAAUGAUUACAAAAUAUAUUAAUAUCUAGUGAAUCAUACACGGAUGGUGUCCAUAGACACCCAAAUUAAAUUUCAAAACAUACCCAUGUAGUCGCAUAACAGUAAAACAUAGAAAACAUGUAGAGACCUGAGUCAUAUUUCCAAAUUUCAAACCAUCACAUUUCUGCAAUUCCUUCUACCACAACUUGCUUUUUAGAAAAUAAGUACACAGAUAUUUGGAAAUAAAUAUAUGGUUUUAAAAGAGAAACCUGCAUUUUCUCUUUUAGUUUUGCACCCUGUU